AUGUUAACAUGUAUCUAUCAAAUUCUUCGUCAUUCUAGAGAAAAUGCGACGAAAGUCAUAUUUCUCAUUACUGAUGGCUAUUCCAAUGGGGGUGACCCUAGACCAAUUGCAGCGUCGCUGCGGGACGGGGGCGUGGAGAUCUUCACUUUUGGCAUAUGGCAAGGAAACAUCCGAGAGCUGAAUGACAUGGCUUCCGCCCCAAAGGAGGAGCACUGCUACCUGCUCCACAGUUUCGCAGAAUUUGAGGCUUUAGCUCGCCGGGCACUGCAUGAAGAUCUGCCUUCUGGGAGCUUUAUUCAAGAGGAUAUGUCCCAUUGUUCGUAUCUUUGUGAAACCGGCAAAGACUGCUGUGACCGAAUGGCAAGCUGCAAAUGUGGGACACACACCGGUCAAUUUGAAUGCAUCUGUGAAAAAGGCUAUUACGGGAAAGGACUACAGCACGAAUGCGCAGCCUGCCCAUCAGGGACCUACAAACCUGAAGGCUCCCCAGGAGGCAUCAGCACUUGCAUUCCGUGUCCAGAUGAAAACCACACGUCGCCUCCAGGAAGCACGGCCCCAGAGGACUGCGUCUGCAGAGAGGGCUACCGGGCCUCGGGGCAGAGCUGCGAAGUUGUCUACUGCCCCAUGCUGAAGCCUCCCGAAAACGGUUACUUUACCCAGAACACUUGCAACAACCACUUCAAUGCAGCCUGUGGGGUCCGAUGUCUCCCUGGAUUUGACCUGGUGGGAAGCAGCAUCCACUUGUGCCUACCCAGCGGUUUGUGGUCCGGGUCAGAGUCUUCCUGCAGAGAACGCCACUGCUCCACCUUUCAGAAGCCCAAAGGUGUCCUUGUGUCUCCCCCCAACUGUGGCAAGCAGCCGGCGAAACCUGGGAUUGUUUGCCACUUAAGUUGCCGCCAGGGGUUCCUUUUAUCUGGAGCCAGAGAAGUGAGGUGCACCAGCUCAGGAAGAUGGAGUAGCAAAGUCCAGACGGCUGUUUGUAAAGAUGUAGAGGCUCCUCAAAUCAACUGCCCUAAAGACAUAGAGGCCAAGACAAAGGAGCAUCAAGACUCCGCUAAUGUGACGUGGCAAAUCCCCACAGCCAAAGACAACUCUGGUGAGAAGGUGUCAAUGCACGUCCAUCCAGCUUUUUCCCCUCCGUCCCUUUUCCCAAUUGGAGAGGUGGCCAUCACGUACACAGCCACUGACCGCUCCCACAAUGAGGCCAGCUGUGUGUUCCACAUCCGAGUCAUUGAUGUGGAACCACCUUCCAUAGACUGGUGCAGAUCCCCACCUCCAAUCCAGGCCUCUGGGAAGGAGUGCGUUGCAACCUGGGAGGAGCCUCAGUUCUCGGACAAUUCAGGGGCUGCAUUAGCUGUCACCAGAACUCAUUCCCCGGGAGACCUUUUCCCCCAUGGGGAGACUGUAGUGCAGUAUACAGCCACUGACCCAUCGGGCAACAACAGAACAUGUGCCAUCCACAUUGUCAUAAAAGGUUCUCCCUGUGAAGUUCCGUUUACACCUGUAAAUGGAGAUUUGGAAUGUACUCGAGAGAGUGCCGGGGUUAACUGUACACUAAGUUGUUUGGAGGGCUACGAUUUCACAGAGGGGACUACUGAGAAGUAUCAUUGUGCUUUCGAAGAUGGCAUCUGGAAGCCUCCGUUUUCUACUGAAUGGCCGGACUGUGCUAUAAAGCGUUUUGCAAAUCAUGGAUUCAAGUCCUUUGAAAUGCUUUACAAAGCAACCCGCUGUGAUGACACGGAUCUGCUGCAGAAGUUUUCUGAAGCUUUUGAGACUACCCUGGGGAAAAUGACCCCAUCAUUUUGUAAUGAUGCUGAUGACAUUGACUGCAGGAUGGAGGACCUGACCCAGAAAUAUUGCCUGGAAUAUAAUUAUGACUAUGAAAAUGGCUUUGCAAUUGGACCAGGCGGCUGGGGUGCAGGCAAUAGGCUGGAUUACUCGUAUGAUGACUUUGUAGACGCUGUGCAUGAAACCCCCACAGGCACCAGCAAAGCCAGGCCACCACGGAUCCAAAGAAGUGCCCCACAGUCGGACCACAAAAUUAAGUUAAUUUUCAACAUUACCGCUAGUGUGCCAUUACCCGAGGAAAGAAACGAUACUCUUGAAUUCGAAAAUCAGCAACGACUUAUUGAGACCCUGGAAACCAUCACGAAUCGACUGCGAAGGACCCUCAGUAAGCAGCCCCUGAACGCGUUCCAAAUUGCCUCUGAAAUGCUCGUCGCCGACACCAAUUCCCUGGAGACCGAAAAGGCUUUGCCCUUCUGCAGACCUGGCUCGUUGCUGAGAGGACGCAUGUGUGUGAAUUGCCCUUUGGGAACCUAUUAUUCUCUGAAGCACUUCGUCUGUGAAAGCUGUGGGAUUGGAUUCUACCAGGAUGAAGAAGGGCAGCUGGAAUGCAAGCUCUGUCCAGACGGGACACACACCGAGUACUUCCACUCGAGAACCAUCUCGGAAUGUAAAGCUCAGUGUCAACAAGGCACCUACUCAUCCAAUGGACUUGAGACUUGUGAAUCGUGUCCGUUGGGCACUUACCAGCCAGCAGUUGGGGCCCAGGGCUGCCUCGUAUGUCCAGAAAACACUUUGACCGUGAAAAGAGGAGCUGUGAACAUUUCGGCAUGUGGAGUGCCUUGUCCAGUGGGAGAAUUCUCUCGUUCUGGGUUAAAGCCCUGUUAUCCGUGUCCCCACGACUACUACCAACCCGACCCAGGGAAGUCCUUCUGCCUAGCUUGCCCCUUUUAUGGAACGACAGCAUUCCGUGGUGCCAAAUCCAUUGCUGAUUGUUCGACUUUUAGUUCGGUUUUCCCUGCUGCAGAGGAGAGUUUAAUGCCGGCUCCCUCUCCCGGACACAUCAAAAAGAAGUAUGACAUCAGCAGUCAGGUUUUCCAUGAAUGUUUCUUAAACCCUUGCCACAAUCGUGGAACCUGCCAACAACUUGGGCUUGGUUAUGUGUGCCUCUGUCCAUCUGGAUAUACAGGCCUAAAGUGUGAGACAGACAUUGAUGAAUGCAGCUCGCUGCCCUGCCUCAACAAUGGAGUUUGUAAAGACCAUGUUGGUGAAUUCCUUUGUGAGUGCCCUUCUGGUUACACAGGUCAACUCUGUGAAGAAAACAUAAACGAGUGUAGUUCCAGCCCUUGUCUGAACAAAGGGACCUGUGUGGAUGGGGUGGCUGGCUAUCGCUGCACCUGUGUGAAAGGAUUUAUAGGCCCGCACUGUGAAACAGAAGUCAACGAAUGCCAGUCGAGCCCGUGCUUAAACAACGCAGCCUGUGAAGACCAAGUUGGGGGUUUCUUGUGCAAAUGCCCCCCUGGCUUUGGGGGUGCCUGGUGUGAGAAAAAUGUGGAUGAAUGUCUCAGUCAACCGUGCAAAAAUGGAGCUACCUGCCAAGAUGGUGUCAACAGCUUCAGGUGCCGGUGUCCGGCCGGCUUCACGGGGCCACACUGUGAGCUGAACGCCAACGAGUGUCACUCUAACCCAUGUCAGAACCAGGCCACCUGUGUGGAUGGACUCAACUCAUACAGCUGCAAAUGUCUGCCAGGAUUUUCAGGCAGUAACUGUGAAACAGAACGGUCUAGGAGUUUUAACCUGGACUUUGAGGUGUCUGGGAUCUAUGGUUAUGUCUUGCUGGAUGGAGUGCUGCCGUCUCUCCGCGCCGUGACCUGCACAUUCUGGAUGAAAUCAUCAGACAUCUUCAACUAUGGAACACCAAUCUCCUAUGCACUUGACAAUGGCCAGGACAAUACCUUCCUCCUGACGGACUAUAACGGCUGGGUUCUGUAUGUGAACGGCAAGGAAAGGAUAACGGACUGUCCCGCGGUGAACGAUGGCAAGUGGCACCAUAUCGGAAUCACCUGGACAAGUGCCGACGGAGCUUGGAAAGUGUAUCUAGAUGGGAAACUAUCAGAUGGUGGCUCCGGCCUCUCUACUGGCUCUGCUAUCCCUGGUGGUGGCGCGUUGGUUCUCGGACAAGAGCAAGACCUAAAAGGAGAGGGAUUCAAUCCAGCAGAGUCUUUUGUGGGCUCCAUUAGCCAGCUCAACCUCUGGGACUAUGUCCUGUCUCCACAGCAGGUGAAAUCCCUGGCUACCUCAUGCCCAGAGGAACUCAACAGAGGAAACGUGUUAGCCUGGCCGGAUUUCCUGUCGGGGAUUGUGGGCAAAGUGAAGAUGGACUCCAAGAGCAUGUUCUGUUCUGAUUGCCCGCCUUUAGAAAGAUCCGUACCACACCUGCGAACUACAUCCGUCGAUGUAAAGCCAGGCUCCGAAGUCAGUGUGUUCUGUGACCCGGGCUUCCAGAUGGUCGGGAAUCCCGUGCAGUCCUGUCUUAACCAAGGACAAUGGACCCACCCUCUUCCUCACUGUGAACGGAUCCGCUGUGGGGUGCCACCUGCUUUGGAGAAUGGCUUUUAUUCAGCUGAGGACUUCCACGCUGGCAGCACAGUGACCUACCAGUGCAACAAUGGCUACUAUUUGCUGGGUGAUUCCAGGAUGUUCUGCACAGACAACGGGAGCUGGAAUGGCAUCUCGCCAUCAUGCCUUGAUGUUGAUGAAUGUGCGGUUGGAUCUGAUUGUAGUGACCACGCAGCCUGCCAGAAUACAAUUGGAUCCUACAUGUGUUCCUGUACCCCACCAUACACAGGAGAUGGUAAAACGUGUGCAGAACCUAUGAAAUGCAAGGCUCCGGGAAACCCAGAAAACGGCCACUCUUCUGGUGAGAUUUAUACAGUGGGCGCGGAAGUAGCAUUUUCUUGUGAGCAAGGCCACCAGCUGAAGGGAGUCGCCAGGAUCAUGUGCCUGGAGUCUGGCGAGUGGGAUCAUCCGGCGCCGCGUUGUGAAGCUAUUUCUUGUGGUGAACCAGACAUUCCAGAAAAUGGUGGCAUUGAGGGGACGUCCUUUACCUAUGACAGUAAAGUGACAUACAGCUUGCAGGGCCCUCCUGUCAUUGAAUGCACAGCGUCGGGCACCUGGGACUCAUUGCCACCUACCUGCCACCUUGUCUUCUGUGGAGAGCCGCCUGCCAUCAAAGAUGCAGUCAUCACCGGGAGAAACUUCACUUUGGGGAACAUUGUCACAUACACUUGCAAGGAAGGCUAUAUCCUUGCUGGUCCAGACAGCAUUGAAUGCCUGGCCAAUGGUGAGUGGAGUGGCAGUAACCAGCAGUGCCUGGCUGUCUCCUGUGAUGAGCCCCCCGACGUGGAGCACGCCUCUCCCGAGACUGGCCAUCGGUUGUUUGGAGACAUCGCCUUCUACUACUGUUCUGAUGGCUACGGCCUGGCAGACAACUCCCAGCUCCUCUGCAAUGCCCAGGGCAAGUGGGUUCCCCCUGAGGGUCAGGCCAUACCCCGCUGUGUUGCUCAUUUCUGUGAAAAACCCCCAUCUGUUGCCUAUGGCAUCCUGGACUCUGUGAGUAAAGAAAAAUUUGCAGCCGGCUCCGUCGUGAGCUUCAAAUGCAUGGAAGGCUUUGUGCUGAACACCUCAGCAAAGAUUGAGUGCAUGAGAGGCGGGCAGUGGAACCCCUCCCCCACAUCCAUCCAGUGCAUUCCUGUACGGUGUGGAGAGCCGCCCAGCAUCCAGAAUGGCUAUGCAAGUGGGUCAAGCUACGGUUUUGGGGCCAUGGUGGCCUACAGCUGCAACAAGGGAUUCUACAUCAAAGGGGAGAAGAAGAGCACCUGUGAAGCCACGGGACAGUGGAGUGGCCCUGUACCCACAUGCCACCCUGUCUCUUGCAAUGAGCCACCUAAGGUGGACAAUGGCUUUCUGGAGCAUGCAGCUGGCAGGAUCUUCAAGAGUGAAGUGCGAUACGGGUGCAACCCAGGAUACACCGCCGUCGGCAAUCCUGUGUUUGUCUGCCAAGCCAACCGCCAUUGGCACAGCGAGUCCCCUCUGUCGUGCAUCCCUCUGAGCUGCGGAAAACCUCCCCCGAUUCAGAAUGGCUACGUGAAAGGAGACAACUUUGAAGUAGGCUCGAAGGUUCAGUUUUUCUGUCAUGAGGGUUAUGAGCUUCUUGGAGAUAGUUCAUGGACAUGCCAGAAGUCUGGCAAAUGGAAUAAGAAACCCAAUCAAAAGUGUGUGCCUGCCAAAUGCCCAGAGCCACCCCUCUUGGAGAAUCAGCUGGUACUGAAGGAGUUGACGACAGAAGUAGGUGUGGUGACAUUUUCCUGUAGAGAAGGCCAUGCCCUCCAAGGACCCUCCACCCUGAAGUGCUUGCCGUCCCACCGGUGGAAUGGCUCCUUUCCUGUGUGUAAGCUGGUCCUUUGCCUCCCACCUCCUCUGAUCGCCUUUGGUGGCCCGGCUCCUGCCUCGGCUCUUCAUUUUGGAAGCACCGUUGAGUAUUCUUGUGUCGAUGGGUUUUUCUUAAGAGGAAACACCACCACUUUCUGUCAGGCGGAUGGCACCUGGAGCUCCCCGCUGCCAGAAUGUGUUCCGGUAGAAUGCCCCCAGCCUGAGGAGGUCCCCCACGGCAUCAUUGACGUGCAAGGUCUUGCCUAUCUCAGCACGGCUCUCUACACCUGUAAGCCAGGCUUUGAAUUGGUGGGAAACACUACCAUCCUUUGUGGUGAAAAAGGUCACUGGCUGGGUGGAAAACCAGCGUGUGUGCCCAUUGAGUGUCCGAAGCCCAAGGAGAUUUCGAAUGGCAAAUUCUUUUACACCAAUCUCCACUAUGGGCAGACUGUUACUUACUCCUGUGACCAAGGCUUCAGGCUCAAGGGGCCCAAAGCCUUGACUUGUUUAGAAACAGGUGAUUGGGAUAUGGAUGUCCCGUCUUGCAAUGCCAUACACUGUCACCCCCCACAGCCCAUUGAAAAUGGCUUUGUGGAAGGUGCAGAUCACAGCUUCGGUGCCAUGGUCAUCUACAGCUGUUUCCCAGGGUUCCAGAUGGUGGGUCAUGCCAUGCAGACCUGUGAAGAGUCAGGAUGGUCGAGCUCUAUCCCAACAUGUGUUCACAUAGACUGUGGCCUCCCUCCGCACGUGGACUUUGGAGACUGUAUUAAGGUCAAAGAUGGCCACGCAUAUUUCGACCAGGAGGAGGAGGAAAUGAUGGAAGUUCCAUAUCUGACCCCUCCCCCUCCUCAUCAUUUGGGAACAACGGUUACAACUUUGGACAUGUUGAAGGCGUCUCCGGCUGCUACUCAUGGCUCGAGCUACCUGUAUGGCACUGUGGUCUCGUAUACCUGUCAUCCAGGCUAUGAACUUUUGGGGAACUCUCUGCUGUUCUGCCAAGAAGAUGGAACCUGGAAUGGUAGUGCACCCUCCUGCCUUUCCAUUGAGUGUAACUUGCCUGCUGUGCCCGAAAAUGGCUUUCUGCGUUUUACAGAGAUGACCAUGGACAGUGCAGUGCAGUACAGCUGCAAAGCUGGGUACGUCCUCGUGGGUGCCAGCACAAGGCUCUGUCUGCAGAACAAAGAGUGGAGUGGUGCCUCACCGCACUGUGAAGCCAUUUUGUGCAAAAAGCCAAACCCACUCUUGAAUGGCUCCAUCAGAGGAAGCAGCUAUGGCUACUUAAGCGUGGUGUAUUAUGAAUGCAACCCUGGGUAUAUCCUCAACGGCACGGAGAGGAGAACGUGCCAAGAAAAUAAAAACUGGGAUGGGAGAGAACCAAUGUGCCUUCCUGUAGACUGCGGUUCACCACCAGUCUUAGCCCAUGGUCAAGUGACGGGAGAUGUGUACACAUUCCAGAAAGAGGUGGAGUACACUUGCAAUGAAGGAUUCUUGCUUGAGGGUGCCAAGAGCCGUGUUUGUCUUGCUGACGGGCGUUGGAGUAAAGCUACUCCGGUGUGUGUGCCUAUCAGAUGUGCCAGCCCUGCACAGGUGGUCAACGGGGUGACGGAGGGCCUGGACUAUGGCUUUGGGAAGGAGGUUGUGUUCCACUGUCAGGAGGGCUACAUGUUGCAUGGUGCUUCCAAAAUCACCUGUCAAGCCAAUGGUGACUGGGAUGCAGAGGUUCCUCGCUGUAUACCCAUUAACUGCGGGCCUCCUGAAGACCUUACCCAUGACUUCCCCAGUGGCUUUGCCUUUUCUCACGGAGGGCAGAUACAGUAUCAGUGCUUUCCUGGUUAUAAGCUCCAUGGAAAUCCUUCAAGAAGGUGUCUCGCCAAUGGCUCCUGGAGUGGCAGCAUACCUUCCUGCCUGCCUUGCAGUUGUUCGGCCCCACUGAUUCAAAAUGGAGCUGUUAAUGGGACAGAGUUUGGUUGUGGGAAGGCAGCGCGUGUUCAUUGCUUCAAAGGCUUCAAGCUCUUGGGACUUUCUGAAAUCAGCUGUGUAGCCAAUGACCAAUGGAGCACUGACUUGCCACGUUGUGAGCACAUGUUCUGUGGUUCCCCCCCAACGAUAUCAAAUGCAUUUCUCAGUGACAGUGGGCCUUUGGAAGAAAACGUGAUCACUUACAGCUGCAGAUCUGGUUAUGUCAUGCAGGGCAGUGCUGACCUGAUCUGUACAGAGCAAGGGGUAUGGAGGCAGCCUUAUCCAAUCUGUGAGCCCCUGUCGUGUGGUGCCCCGCCAGUCACUGACAAUGCAGUGGCAACUGGAGAAACAUACACCUUUGAAAGUAAAGUGAAACUCAGAUGUCUAGAAGGGUAUAUGAUGGAGACAAAUAUCGACACCUUCACUUGCCAGAAAGACGGCCAUUGGUUCCCUGAGAGAAUCACCUGCAUUCCCCAAAAAUGCCCUCUGCCAGACAAAAGGACACAUUUACUCAUUCAGGGGGACGAUUUCAGUGUGAACAAGCAAGUCUCUGUGUCAUGUGCAGAAGGCUAUACUUAUAAAGGCGUGAACAUAUCAACAUGCCAGAUGGACGGCACUUGGCAGCCACCAUUUUCUGAUGAUUCCUGCAGUCCAGUUUCCUGUGGGAAACCAGAAAGUCCUGACCAUGGAUGGAUAGUUGGCAGUGAAUACGAGGUCACAAGCGUAGUCACCUAUCAGUGUGAAGCUGGCUACGAACUAGAGGGGACUAGGGAACGUGUCUGCCAGGAAAACAGACAGUGGAGUGGAAGGGCAGCAACAUGCAAAAAGACCAGGUGUGAAGCCCCACUUGAGUUUCUGAAUGGAAAAGCAGACGUUGAAAAUGCGACCGGUAUACCCAGUGUGACGUAUUCCUGCAACCGGGGCUACAGCCUAGAAGGGGCGCCAAAGGCUCGCUGCACCGACAAUGAAACCUGGAGCCACCCAGUUCCUCUCUGCAAACCAAAUCUAUGCCCUGUCCCUUUCGUAAUCCCGGAGAACGCUCUGCUGUCUGAAAAGGAGUUUUAUGUUGAUCAGAAUGUGUCAAUCAAGUGCAGGAAAGGCUUCCAGCUCCAAGGCCAAGGCAUCAUUACCUGCAACCCCGAUGAGACAUGGACACAGACAGAUGCCAAGUGUGAGAAAAUCUCUUGCAGCCCACCAGCUCACGUAGAAAAUGCGAUUGCUCGAGGUGUGCAUUAUCAGUACGGAGACAUGAUCACCUACGCAUGUUACAGUGGAUAUAUGUUGGAAGGUUCCCUGCGGAGCGUCUGCCUAGAAAAUGGAACUUGGACAUCACCUCCUAUUUGCAGGGCUGUCUGUCGAUUCCCAUGUCAGAAUGGAGGUGUCUGCCAACGCCCAAAUGCCUGCUCCUGCCCAGAUGGCUGGAUGGGACGCCUCUGUGAAGAGCCGAUAUGCAUUCUUCCCUGCCUGAACGGAGGCCGAUGUGUGGCCCCUUAUCAGUGUGAUUGCCCACCAGGCUGGACGGGGUCCCGCUGUCAUGCAGCUGUCUGCCAGUCUCCCUGCUUAAAUGGUGGGAAGUGUGUCAGACCCAACCGAUGCAAUUGUCUCUCAGAUUGG